CAAAUUUACUUGAAAUACGUUGGCAAACAGCUCAAGAUUAUCUUAAUGAAGAUGAAAAGAAAUGGUCAGCUAUGCAUAUUAAUGAACGUACGAUAAGUAAUUAUCGUUUAAAUUCAUCAAUGAAUUAUUCAAUACAUUCGACUAAUGCAAAUGAAAGUCCUGAAGCAACUUUACGACGACAAACAUUUCAUAUGAGUUCAUUUGGUGGUCGACCCUAUAUUGAUGAUGAUGAUGAAGAAGAAGAUGAAGAAGUUGAACGAUUCGAUAUUGAUGAUGAAUUAAUGAAGAAUGAUCAAACAUCAAAUGAAAAAAAAGUAGUUGAUAUGAAAAAAAUUUCAUUUGAUCCACAAUUUCCAACGAAAUUUACUGAACAAUCAUUUUGGUACCAAGAAAAUGAAGCUAACAGUGUAGAAAAAGCUAAUAAUAAUAAUAACAAUAAUGAAGACAAGGAUAAAAUGACAUCAGCUCCAACAUUACCUGAUUUAUUUGGAAAUCAUCGAAUUCAACAAGAAAAAACAGGCCUAUCAACGGAAUCGAAUUUCGAACAACUUUGUUCUUUACGCGCAAAUGAUAAUGGUAGUGAUUCUGGACUUUUUCCAUUUCAAUCCUCAUCAACAAUUCGGGAUGAGGUAAUAUCCAAGGACGAUGCAUUCUGGCAAGAUCAUCCAAUUCAUUUGGCAACUAGUAAUGACAAUCAACUUUUAAACAAAUCAGGUGCAAAAUCUAGUUCAUCAUCGGAAGGUGAUAGCGAUAUUGAUGAUAUCGAUGAUGAAGAAUCAAAAAUAGAUUCGAAUAUUCCUGAUGAUGAAA